AUGGCGCCGGCAGCUACCGCCAAGUACGAUUGGAUUCUCGCUCUUACCACAAUCGCCUUCGUGUUCAGUGCCUUCGGAAAUGGAGCAAACGAUGUCGCCAACUCCUACGCGACGUCAAUCGCGGCUCGAACCCUAAAUAUGGCUACAGCAGGUGUCCUGGCCAUCAUCACGGAGUUCAUUGGCGCCGUGGCAAUGGGCGCCAGAGUCACGGAUACAAUCAAGAAUGGCAUCAUCGGAGUGGAUAGGUUUGAAGGGAAGCCUGGUGGUCUCAUGCUGGCAAUGGGCUGCGCCGAGGUUGGCAGUGCAUCAUGGUUGAUGUUUGCCACCAUGGUUGGCUUCCCCGUAUCAACGACCCAGACCAUCGUCGGUGCUCUCAUCGGUGUCGGUUUCGCAUCUCAGGCUUCGAUUAGCUGGGCUUGGGAAAAGGGAAGCGUAUCUCAAGUGGCUGCAUCAUGGGGUAUUGCUCCACUUAUUGCUGCUGCAUUCUCCGCGAUAAUCUUCGGAACACUUAAGUAUGCGGUACUUGAGCGACGCGAUUCGUUCAAGUGGGCGAUGCGUCUCAUUCCAUUCUACCUGUCUAUGACGGGUGCCAUCUUGGCUCUUUUCAUUGUCAUCGAGGCCCCAACUGCACCCUCACUGGAGGAGUUCGGUGCCGGUAAGGCGGCUGGAAUUAUUCUUGGUGUCUUCUUUGGAUGUCUUCUCGUCUCCUAUGUUUUCUUCGUCCCAUAUUUCAAUCGCCGCAUUGUCAAGAAUGACCCCCGAAUCAGGUUCUACCAUGUUCCUCUCGGACCUCUGCUUUUGAGAGAAGACCCCCCUCUCUAUUUCCCGAGCAAGAGGGAAUCGGCGGUCACCAACUAUUACGAAGACGCAUAUGGUGAGGUGCUAGCAGGUCAGAAAGAUAUGGCCAAGGACCAAACAACUACAAAUGCGGACUCCGUGCUUCCUUCGCCUGAGAUUACACCAAAGCAGCACACCGAGCGACCGGAUGAUGACGAAGAGAAGAAAUUGGAUUCUACGUCUGCCCCGGCAGCCAAGCCACGCAAGAAGCACAUUGAACCCAGAGAGAGGUUCAUUGACCCGGUUAAGGACCUCUCUUGGACGGACCCCAAGAGAUACUGGGGAUAUACCAAGUGGCUAUUGUUGCAAGGAGUGACAAGGGACGUUGUCACCCACGACUCCCCUGAGCUACGCGCUAUCCACGCCCGGGCGCAUCGAUACGAUGAUCGGGUCGAGCAUUUAUGGACAUAUUGCCAAGUUGUUUCAGCCAUGAUGAUGUCCAUUGCACAUGGUUCGAAUGAUGUCGCAAACGCUGUUGGACCCUGGGCCGCCGUAUACAGCACAUACCACGCAGGUGUUGUUGAAACUGAAGCACCGACACCUGUCUGGUUCCUCGUCGUAGCCGGUUUACUCUUGGGUCUCGGAUUCUGGUUUUAUGGCUACAAUAUCGUCCGCGCGCUUGGAAACAAGAUCACUCAGAUGUCUCCGACUCGUGGGUUCAGCGUUGAACUUGGUGCCGCUAUCACUGUACUAUUGGCUUCGCGUCUUGGUCUGCCCGUCUCCACUACCCAAUGCCUUACUGGUGCCGCUAUGGGUGUCGCUCUGAUGAAUUAUGAUCUCGGGGCUGUUAAUUGGAAACAGUUGGGUUUCAUUUUUGGUGGCUGGGUCCUGACCCUUCCUUGUGCGGGACUUAUUUCUGGGUUGAUCUGCUUGAUGGCUUUGAAUACGCCUCAUUUAUAG